ACGACAGAACAGCUAAAUCCGGAAAUGCAUGCUCUGAAAGAUGCUUCCAAAUUGGCUAACACGCCGGUCGCAACACAACGAAAACGAGGUCGUCAACGAAAGGGGAGGAAUCGUGGUUCAGUAUUAACUACGAAAAAAGCAGUCGUAGACGAAUCGUCACAUUUUCCAUCGUCAAGUGACGCUUCGUCGUGUUCUCCAACAGGUAGUUAUGUGCCGACUGAUCUCAGUGGUUCUUCAGAGGCGUCAUGUUCGUCGUCUAGAUUAGGUACUGUUGCGUGUGCUGAAUCGUCAAUGUCUAGUAACGAAAACAAACUAUCAAGCGAAAGCUCCCUUUCCACACCCGAGUUAGUUGGUGUUCAAGAAUUAUGGGACCAUUACUUUACCCGUGCUGAGUAUCAUGCUGUUCUAUCGAAUUCGUUUUCCAAACGUCCAAAGAAGUGUGCGAGAUCUCAGAGCCGUCAGGACAUUAUUGAGAAAAUUACGCAGAUAAAGCGAAUUGAACAGUGUGAUUUCGUUAACAGCGUCAUCGUGCCUUAUAAGAGCACACAUCGUCAGAAGUCACCAGUGCUUUACUAUGCUGUUCCACCAUCAGUGGAGAAAAACGCUCUCAAUAUUUACUUCGUAGUGAAAGUCCACAUCGAGCAGAGAUACCAUUAUAUUGGUUCGGCUCGGAAGAUUGGUCGGUCAAGAAGUGAUGUAGAUCCUGACGUAAAGAAAUUCCCUGUUUUGAAGAAAUUAUGCUCAGCUGGUCCGAUUGGCUUGAUUAAUUUCGGGAUUAGCGACGAACAUGUCGAAUACAACUGGAGUAUGGUGAAAGAGAUUAUGAAUUCUCGAAUUAAACGAAUGGCAGAGGAGCUGAUAGCGAAUGAUGUUUCUGUGUGGUAUCAUUGUAAAGACGCUCGUUUGGGCAACGAGACGCCAACGACUAUGCGUUGUAGUCCUUCUUCGGACAAGGAAAAUCGCGGUGUUCUUCCAUUACCUCGUAGAGCCCCGCGAUCACCGCAAAAAUCUUCCACGCAAGCAGUUUCGGUGCAAAAGUCUAAUCGUUUGUCAACUUCACUUGAUUGUGCUCUGCCGCCUGACGUCCUUGACUGUGUUUCUGGACUGCUUUGUCCUUUCACCAGAAAGACGUUCCAAAACGUUGAGGAACUUGAGGAGCACCUACGAUGCUCAUAUCCAGUCUUCAAAUUCGAGAAAACAGCGUAUACUUCAUCGGUCAUUCAUUUUGCCGUAUCAAGCGUUAUUUCUCGACUACAGUGGGAAAAUCCACGGACUGAACGGAAACCAAGCAAAGGAGUACCUGUGGGAGCCGCCUCGCCACAACGAAAACCUCGGUAUGCUCCACCAGAAGAAUUACCGAUAAAAAGAAAAAACGAUCUUCCAAAAGCACAGAUUAUUCCUUUUGGUGAAAUGUCGUUUGUGCAUCCGACGUACUCUCAAGUUCCUGGACCAUCAUCUUCAAAAAUUUACCAUUCUGUUAUUGAGGAUACAUGCGACUGGAAAAGUCAGUUGAUGGAAAGGAAUAUUCGUGACUACAUUGAUGAUACGCCCCAGGAAAAAGAGUUCAUGUUGUUGCACAAUCGGUUUCGAUCCAAGUUUCGCCACUCCAUCGUAGGAGAAAAACUUACUCUGGAUUUUUAUGUAACCCGAGAUCGACGUUUGGUGCCAGGUCGAGAAGAUGCUAAGUAUUUGUAUGAAGCUGCACUGGCUGAUGGUGGCGCGGUGAAUCUUGACCUAAACAAGGGAUUCAGUACUUUCGAAGAAAAGAGUGGUGAUGAAAGACUGGAUGUCUUACUGGAUUGGAUUGUCAGUCAAGCUCCACGUGGUGGCCAUUUGAAAAAGGUACUACAUGAAGCCGAUUUCGUGUGCUGGCGUGGUCUUCUGACUCGGAUAGCUUCCACACCUUUCUCUCGGAAGGAUGCAUGGGAAUUCGCUGCAGCACAGAUUAAAGGAGUUAUUUUUUUAUGUGAAAGAGAAACAGAGUAUACAAAACAGAGCCAAACCGGAAAUUAUUUUUUCGAGGGAGAGCCCAGUGUGAAUACGCCGGUAACAUCUCGUGAGGAAUUUGGCGUUGUUGUCCGCUCGGAGCUUGGAACAUCUGUGGGAACACCACUGCAAUUGGUAUACGGUGCAGAAGUGGAUGCCAUCAACAGAAGGAAGGAACUUAUUCACUAUUCAACUGCAGAUGGCCGUUUGGUGGAGUUGAAAACCCAACGUCACGCCCUUGAAGGCGUAUUUUGGAAGCAGAAGAGUAUGAAAUGGUGGUUACAAUCGUUCCUAGUUGGUAUCGAUCAUUUAAUUGUCGGCUAUCGUAACGAUGAUGGAAUCGUCAAGAAGGUACGUGAGUUACUCGUAGAAGGCGGAGCAUGUAUAGUUCGUUUCGAACAAAAUCGUGAUGAAAUCACGAUACAUUCAGCGCCACUUCGUGACGUCGACUUCUUCACGUAUAAUUUUCGUGUUCAUUUCAAUUUAGAAUAA